AUGACUUUACCAAAACUCAGUAGUGUUUCUGUGUCGUCAGGACACGUCAGCGCUAGCUCACACGGUUUCUCAAUACUAAGCAAGCAUCCUCAUCCCAAUAAUCUCAUUCAUUCUCAUUCGCUUUCCCACCCAAAUGCAAAGAGUCACUUGUCCACAGUGAACACGAGCAACAAAGAAAACGGUACGAACAGCGACGAGGCAGAGUCGCUCAAGAAGAACAACCCAUCUUCGUGGGACCCUAACGACGACAUCAAGCUUCGUCACUUGAAAGAGAUCAAGAACUUGGGUUGGAAGGAAAUUGCUCAUCAUUUCCCCAACAGAACUCCCAACGCUUGCCAAUUCAGAUGGAGAAGAUUAAAAUCGGGAAACCUGAAAUCAAACAAGACUGCAGUGAUUGAUAUUAAUAAGCUGUUUGGUGUGUAUACCACGAGUGUUGCCGCCGUAGCUGCAGGCGCCACUGCUACCGCAGCAGCAGCAGCAGCGCCUGCUGAAGAGGCGCUCAAAGAAGAAGCUAUUGAGGACGAAGAUAUCACUUCGGGGUCUAGCGCCAUCGAUGACUCCCCACCAGAUUUCAAACCAAUAGUUAAGGCUAAAUACAUGGACAGAAAACUAGUGGCGCAAAAAUCUGCAUCACCGUUUUUGGACCACGAGUCACAGCCUGUCAAACCGAGAGAAUUGUUUAUUAAGCCGAGGUCGUUCUCCCAUUCCAUGACCACAAAUACGCCCAAUGUAAAGGCUACUCAACAGCCUAACCCAAAUACUUACAAUACCCCUUCUACUAAGCCUAACAGGAACGUUAAUUUCAACGACUAUGAAAAUAUUGGACUCGUACCCAAGAUUAUCAUUAGGUCUAGAAGAAACUCGUUUAUUCCUUCCACUCAGAUUCCUCAUCCUACCACCAAGUCUAGGAAGAGCUCACAUUCUGUGAUUUCUUCUAGAAGAUCAUCUUUCAACAUGAUGCACUCAAGGAGAUCAUCCUUUAAUUCUCAUGCUCCCACGGAACCUAUUUCUAGGCGUCCAUCUUUGGUCGUCAGCCCGUAUAUGACUCCCAGAAGACUGUCAACUUCACAAUCUAUCCACCACCACCCACAACAGCAGCAAUAUCACCUAAAUCCUAUAACCUCUCCGAACUGCAAGAUAGAUCAAUCUACUGAUAAAAUAACGCAUACGAGAACUUUCUUAGAUAUGCAAAAAUUCGCAAACAAGCAUCCGUGGUCUAGGGAAGAUGAUGAGGUUUUACUCAACAACACAAUAGACAAACAAAACCAUUUAUCAACACUAGAAAUUUCCAUUGUCCUACCUAACAAUAGAUCCGAAUUGGAAAUUCAACAAAGGAUCGAUUAUUUACAGAGAAGGGGACACACUAGUGGCAUUCACAGAACUCAAGGAAACAGUGACGAUGAAGAGGAAGACAUCGACCCACUACACAAGGAAGUUGAUGCCAAUGAAACGACGCAGCGAACAUACCAGUACAAUGGAUUAGAGCCUGGAAAUGGUAAUUCAAAGGCAAGGAUUCUCUCUUCCUUGUCGAAUGGGAACGAUGUACGCAAAGAGCAAGAUGAAUUGCCGGGUAUAAAUUCGAUCUUCAAAAAUAUUUUCUAA